ACCCAAAAUUGAGUAUUUUUAAACUUACUUCUGAGUUAUUUUUUCUCUUCUCUUUCAUCCACUCUUUCUUUUGUUGUCAAAAACAAAAGAGCCAAACAAUCCAACGACGCCAGUUCAAUACGGGAAGCCAAUUUUGAGUUUUAUUACCUGAGGUCGAAAUUGAGUGAAUUAAACUUAAAUUUGGGUCAAUAAAUUUUCCGUUGGGUACUUUUUUAACAUGGGAGUUGUUGAUGUCUGAGCAAUAAAGUUUAGCAUAAAGAUAAGAAAAUGUACGUUUAUGAUAGGGUCGGAAUGCGAAUAUGGUUUGGUGCGUCACCGAAAGACAAUAAAUAAACAAAGCCAAGAGACGACGAAAGAAAUGAUAAACUACCCGUGAUGACGGCGUGGCGGGAAGAUCGGCGUCAGGUCAGGUAAAGACGUUAGGAUCAGGUAAAACUUAGACAUAAGAAAAUCCAUAAUUGUAAGUAGAAAUAGGAAAUAAAAUUAUUACCAUCUCAGCAUCGUUAGAGUAGAGUUCAUUCUUCAUUUGUCAGAAAAGAAAGACCGUCUCUCAUUGAUUUUUGCGAAAUCGGUGUCAUCGUGAGAAGAGUAGGUUUCUUGGUUAAAGAAACAUUUGGUGGCUCCAGAGAGGAAUUAAGUGUUUUCCUCACGGUGACCGUUGUGACUAGUUCUUGCUUUGAUAGUGAAAUCCUAAGACACGACGGGUGAUUGGUCUAGGUAAAAGAACGAUAACGGUGAAAGUGCAUUGAGAGUAAUCAAUCAAUUCUCGGAAGUCCUUGGACGCGACGGACAGUCGGCCAAGUCAAAUUACAAAGAAGAAAUUCGUGAUUGUGGUGAAAAAGGCUCUUGGACGCGACGGACGGUCGGCCAAGUCAAAUUACAAAGAAGAAAUUCGUGACUGUGGUGAAAAAGGCUCUUGGGCGCGACGGACGGUCGACCAAGUCAAUCCAUCUAGAGACGAGUGGUAGCGAAGUUAGAUCAGAGGGAUGUUCAGGUGAGGCCGAAUUAUCUUUGAACGAUGUUAGUCAAGCUGAAGCUUUGAAGCAACGGUGGAAAAGGGCGCAAAUCUUGACAUCUCACUUUUGGCAACGUUGGAUUAAGGAAUAUUUACCAACCCAAGUUAAAAGAACAAAGUGGCAAGAACUUCAGAAACCCAUUGAAGUCGGUGACGUUGUAGUAAUGGCGGAUGAAAAUCGAAAAGGUUUCCAUGAAAAGGGGAUUAUAACUGAGGUGAGACCGGGAAAAGAUGGUCAAGUAAGAUCAGCAGUUGUGAAAACUAAUAAAGGGCAUUUUAUUAGACCUACUGUUAAUAUGGCGAUUUUAGAUGUUAAAAAGAGCACCAGCGAAAUUCAAGAGGAGCGCAAGAAUAUUGCGACCAAUAAUUUAAGUAAAAAGAAUGAUGAGAAGGUUUCACGGCUUGGCACGUUUAUGUCCGUAUUAUUGAUUAUGUUACACGUUAAUACGGUGAAUGGAUUACAAAUUAAUCCUAUUGACGAGGAUGGAAUAAUAUUUGAUCAUUUCGGAAGUUGCUUGAUAAAACGAGGCAUUUGGAGAACACAGAUUACCAGUAAUGUUGUUCCAUCAGAUGAUAUUCUUCAAAUAAAUCAUAUGCAUAGAAAUUUAAAUGAAGCCUUGAAGUUUAUUGGUAACAAAACAAAUGAUAAAUCAAUGGAAAGCCUAAUUUUAUCAAUUGAGCAGCAAUGCGAUAAUGUUCUUCAAGGGGUUAAGAUCUCGCACAGGGAAAGGAGAAGUGGUGGAAUUCUUGGUUUCUUGAAAGAUUUAUUAUUUGGUGGUAAUGACAUGGAAGAGGAGUUACAAAGUGUCCGAGUACAUGAAGAACAAAAGCUUCAUGAAUUAUCUGAAAUUACUAAAGCGAUUGAUGUCAAAGCAGAAAAGAUGGGUAACGAAUUCAACAAUCGGAUUUAUAACAUAAAGAAGGGUAUGGUCGAACUACAACAACAAAAUACUCCGCAACGUGUUGAAAUGUUCAAGACCAAGGUACUUGAAACAGCUAUGUUAGCAACACAAGUUCUACAAGCUAUCUCUAAUAAGUACAAAAAUUUAAGAUCACAUCCAUUGACCGGAGAAGAACUCAAUAAGACUUUGAAGGGAAUACAAGAGAAGAUGCCAAAUGGUUAUUCUGUCUUAUCUGAUCCACAAGCUAUUAAAUUCGAAACAAAAAUGGAGAAUGGAACGAUGAUUAUUUUCAUGGACUCAAUUAUCGUGAAUAGAGACAAUUUUGAGCUUUUUAAUGUGAUUCCGGUACCCAAUAUAGAUAAUGGAACCAUGAUUGAGAUAAAAGAAUCAGUAAUUGCUAUCAAUCAUUUGGAAGAAUUCUUUUAUCCUAAGGAGAAUAUGAAGAGCUUUAAUAAAUCUCAUUUUAUGAUUGACCAACCAGUAAUAAUGAGAAAGGCUGAUUGUGUAGCUGCUGCAAUCCUUCAUAAAGGCUGCCUUACACCUCGGGAAAAUUUUCCGCCGGAAUUUGAUCACCGUGUAUUUUAAAGGGGGCCGGGAUUUUGAUUUUCCGUGCCCAAAUUCCGAAAACAUCGCAUAUGCAAAAA